AGGUCUCAGUAUAUCUCAACACCAUCUACUUCUAUUACCAUGCCUGCCAAGAAACGUUGCUCGUUCUUCAGCGAAACCCGAUGCAGCUCUGCUGUAGUCCGUAUAGUAGGACAAUGCCCACUUUGUCGAGCAGAUUUUUGCGGGGAGCACCGAUUGCCCGAACACCACAACUGCAAUAACCUCGAGGAUUGUCGGCAGCAAGCUUUCGAGCGGAACAAGGCUAAACUCGAGAGCGAGCGGACAGUAGCCUCCAAGAUGGCAAUGGCAUGAUCUUUGUUCCGCGUCCCCUUAUCACCCCCACACAUCCCCUGGUGACACCCUAUACUUCCGACACUAUCUUGCUACACCGUCGUCCUUGCCCACCCCUUGAUCGCUGUCUCCUCUUACUCCUCUCACAGUCCCCUAUACCACCGAUGCGACUGUUGUCUUCACUAUUGACGUUCCAUCUACGACCGGACGAUUUCCCUUCCCACCCUACAUUGGUUGUUUGUAUAGAAUUUCUGUCUUAUAAUAACAUUUAUUGUUAAACCUCGU